UUUUGUCUGUGGGCGGCUCAGGCAGCUUGACAGUGGUACAUGAAGCAUCUGUCAGGAUCCAUUCCUUCUCACAACCUAGGGGCGCAGCGUCCUGCCCGCAGUAUGGCAUCUGAAGAGCUGGCUCGGAAGUUACAGUCGCGGCUGGCCGCUACACAGGAGGCUGAGCCGAUGUCAGAGCCCGAGCAGAGCCCGGUCCAACCCAAAUCGCGGGAACAUGAGGCAGCCUGCGGUGACUCGUCCUCCGAGCUGUCCGCCAAACUGACCCGCAGGCUGGACAUCAACGAGGGCAACGCUGCUUCUCGACCGACCCGCGUCUUCAACCCGUACACGGAGUUCAAGGAGUUCUCCCGCAGACAGAUUAAGGAUAUGGAGGCGAUGUUCAGACGGUAUGAUACUGGGAAAGAUGGCUUCAUUGACCUGAUGGAACUGAAGCUGAUGAUGGAGAAGCUUGGAGCUCCACAGACCCACGUGGCCCUCAAGAACAUGAUUAAAGAGGUGGAUGAAGAUUUCGAUGGCAAACUGAGCUUCAGAGAGUUCCUGCUGAUCUUCCGCAGAGCAGCAGCUGGAGAGCUGCAGGAGGAGAGUGGUCUGAUGGCUCUGGCCAGACUAUCGGAGAUCAGCGUCUCCACUGAGGGAGUGAUGGGGGCCAAAGACUUCUUUGAAGCCAAGAUGCAGGCUCUGUCUCUGGGCAGCAAAUUUGAGGCUGAGAUUCGAGAGGAAAAAGAGGAACGCAAGAGACAGGACGUGGAGAAAAAGCAGAGACAAGCGGCCUUCAAGCAGCUGCAGUCCACCUUCUGCUCCUGACCCUCCACAGGAGGAAGAUAACAAUCCUGACAUGCACAGUCAGUGUUAAUGAGAUUUUAGAAACAGCCUCACACUCCACUUAUACUUUCACCAGUGUCUCAGAUGUCUCAGAAUUUGGCACUUUAUAACAAAAAUAGAAAGAUGCAUUAAAGUACAUACUCACUAAGAUACUUGAAAAUAUCUCAUAACACGUCACAGGGGUGGGCUAUUCAUGCCAGACUCUCUGCAGCUGUUCCAUAAAAAACAAUAAGGCAAAAACACAACUUCAGAUGUAUCAGGAAAUACUUAGUGAGCUCUCCAAAUUCAUGCAAAUAUCAUAGACUUAUUGUGCAUUUCUGUGAAUUUGCUCUUAAUGUCCCUCUGUACAACAACUGGAAGUUUUCACCUCAAGGCAAUAUGAACUUGUUCAGGCAAACUGAAGCUGUUCAGUAUGUUCUGUUGUUUGUGAAGCAUUUUGAAUUUCAUGUUACAGUAUGGUCACAUGAUCUUGUUUUGUCGUCACCUUGUUAACACGGUUAGUGUGAGUGUAAUUCAAUGAACAUCUACUCUACAACCUGCAAUACAGUAGAAACAGUAUAGUAAUAGAUCAUAGAGUGAAGAACCGUAUCACCAUAGUAUAAUAAUAGUAAGUAUUAACAUCACUUUUGUUGGUGGCAAGUGAAGCCUUGUGCAGCUUUGGUCACUGACUUUGAAUCUUGGUCUAGCUGACUAAUCCGACAGUAACCAGCCUGUACUGUGAUUGGCUGUCAUGAACCUCAGAUUCAGUCUUUGAUAAUUAUUUGAUCCACCAAUGGUACACCCUCUUGUUUUGUUAUUGCACCAAAAAUCCCCAGAUGACUACUAAAGCUCAACUGUCAAGUUUCAGAUUAAGGAAGGUUAUCUUUUAAAGGAAUAGUUUGACACUUUGGGAAAUACGUUUAUUUUCUUUCUUUCUAAGAGUGAAAUCAGUAGACUGAUACCAGUCUCAGUUCUGUGUUCAGUAUAGAGUAGGAGUCUGGAAGCAGAUUACAGACACAUGUUUGCUGUAUGCUAGCUGUUUCCCCCCUGCGUCAAGUCUUUAUGCUAAACUAAAUUAACGACAUCCUUACUCCAGCACAGAACACACAGACCUGAGACUGAAAACCACCUUUCAUCUCACUCUCAGAAAGAAAGCAAACAUGUUUCCCCAAAAUGUUAAACAAAUCUUUCUUCCGUGACUGAACUACAGUCAACAGCAGACUGAAUUAAUAAAAGCACAUGGUAAGAUUAAAGAUGGGGGACAGCUUCUGCACGCUGUUACACAUGCAGCUGAUUCUGUUUUUAGGACCAAAAUUCCCAUGAUCCCAGUAGUUAGACAGUUGAUAAAUUGUAAUGUGAUGGGUAUGGUGUAGUUUAAUAUUCUGUUUUCAAGGGCAUGCACUGCAUGCAGUGCAAGUGAAAUAAAUACUCUAGCGAUUGUAAUAUAUUAGAAAUAAAUUUACCUUAUUUUCCAUGUAAAAUAGAUCAGUAUUAGAAAUCUCCUGCAGCCCUGUAUGCAAAAGUGACUGAAGUGGGUUGGGAGUGGUGGGGAAAUAGCAGUCAGGGUUCAGGUGUUUUAACCGCAGUCAUUGCAUGCUAUGCGUGCUGUGUGCUUAAUCUUUCCACUGUCCACUCCAGUUCUGCAUCAAACUUUUCCUGUUUAGUGGCUUUAAGCAGUGUCCAGUUUCAGGUUGAAAUCUGAGGACAUGAUGAGGGCACAGAGUAACUGCUCUUCCACAUGCAGCUGACAAAUGAGACAUUAUGCCUGAAAUGGUGCGCUCAGACGGUCUCAGUCUGUUAUUAUGUGCUGAUUACCUGUAUACAUUUUGUCCUUUUGAAUUUCCCCGGAAAAGGGAUUCAGCUGUGGAUUGCUAUGGCAACGCUCAGUCACAGCAUGACAUGUUGCAAAUCCCAUAAAGAGCUGGCCAUGUUUUAGUGAGAAAACAAAAGUCCUGGUGCUGCAAUCAGAACCAGAGUCCAGACGACUGAGUCCUAAAGAAACCUCAGCUACAGUCCAGCUGGUCAAGAGAGUCUCAAAAGAAGAGACAUGCACACUGUAUGUGUAUGUUUGAACUUUGGAGAAAGGCGGGCUGGCUGUUUCCCCCCCCUGCUUGCUAAGCCAGGCUAACCACGUUUUGACUCCAGGUCUGUACUCAACACACAUUUUUCGAAAAUGUUGAACUAUUUCUUUAAAAUAAACUUGUUUUGUCAGAACAGUCAGUCAGCAGUAGUGGUUCCGUUGAAGACCGAAGAAGAGGAUGUAGUCCACCCUCCUCAGUGAUAAAACCUAAAUGUCACUCUAGGUGCUGGUGCUUUUUUUUUUAUUUUUCUUGACAUUUGGUUCAAUGUUACUACAUUUUAGAAGGGCAGUGCCACAAAUAGGCUAUGUAUCACAUUCACAAUACACCAAACCUAAAAGAAAGUGUAAAGAUUGCAUAUUCAUGUGCAGAACCUGCUCUAUCCUAAACCUCAUCCUGCCUAUGUCAGAGUUUUUCAGCUUGGGGGACACAAGUCUAUUUGGGGUUCAUAUGUAGACAUACUGUGCUGAUAUUAAAGAAUUAAUAGUAAGAAAAUGAUUCAGUAAUAAACAGCGUCAUAAACUAGAGUAUAUUUAUGUAUUUAUGUAUAUAUGUAACAAGAUCAAAUAAAAGAAAAAUUAGGCACUCAGUAGAGUGCUUAGCUCCAAGGCCAAACAAUCUGUUAGCUCUUAUAAUUUAAAAAUAAAAGGAAAAAGGAAGUAGGCUGAUAAUGUAAAUCAUUUAUUUGUUACACAACAUAGUAAGUUAAACUUUGUGUGUAAUGUGGAUUCAGCAUUUUCUUCCACCAGAUCCGGAUUAUUAUCUGGAUCUGCACCAAAUUAUACAAACUCAUAGAUCUGAACACCAUAAGUAUGUCUGAUUUUUUUUACAUAAAUGUCCAUACAUUAUUUCCCUAGAAAUUGAUGUCAAUGUUGAAAAAUGUCCUAUCUCACAAUGUUAAGGAAGGUGAUUAAAAAAAAAAAUCCCUGGGUCUGCCCCUUUAACCUGAUUCGCACAAAAAUAAUGGGUUCUUCCCUGUCCCAUGCACCAUCCCUCCACCAAGUUUGGUGCAAAUUGGUUCAGCACUUUAGCAGUCCUCUGCCAAGGCCAGUGUAAAGCAACAUACACCAGCCAUCAGAGGAAAAAAUUCAAACUCAUAGUAAAUGAUGUGCAUCUGCCCCAUAAUUUAAUGGGUUCUAUCCUCGCCCAAGCUCCAUCCCUCCACCAAAUUUGUUGCAGAUCGGUUCAGUACUUUUUGUGUAAUCCUGCUGACAAACUAACAAACAAACAAACUGACAUGGAU